AUCGAGGCUGAGAGAGAAGAGCCAUGGCUGACAAGAUCCUAAAGGACAGAAGGAAGCUGUUUGUCAGCUCAGUGAGCCCUGGGACCCUCAACGGCUUGCUGGAUGAGCUCUUAGACAAAAAAGUGCUAAACCAGGAGGAGAUGGAGAGAGUGCGAUGCGAAAACGCUACCGCGAUGGACAAGGCCCGGGCUCUGAUCGACUCCGUCACUCGGAAAGGGCCACAGGCCUGCCAGAUUCUUAUUGCUUUUAUUCGUGUGGAGGAUUCUUUCCUUGCAGAGAAGCUGGAGCUCUCAGGUCUGCCAUCUGGAAAUCAGCUUAACUCAGACUCUCAAGUAGCAACUCUUCCUUCACCAGAAGACAAACACAACAAAAACCCAUUUAAGAUUUUGGAAACUGUGGGCAAAGAACUCAUUACUGGUGUUUUGUAUGGCUUGUUGGAAAAAGAUGUUCUGAAACUGGAGGAAGCAGAAAAGAAAAAAUUUUAUGAUGCUAAACCUGAAGACAAGCCUCGGGUCUUUCUGAACUCUGUGCGACAGAAAUGGCAGGAGGCAGGUCAAGCCCUUGUCCAAACUUUCAUUAAUAUGGACAAAUAUUCCACCAGUGUAAAAGCUUUUGAGGAUACCAUGCCUGGGCCACCUGAACCAGAAGAACCUCCCAAUAUGCUCAAGCUUUGUCCUCAUGAAGAAUUCGUGAAACUCUCUAAAAAGAAGGCUGCAGAGAUCUACCCAGUAAAGGAAAGAAACGAUCGUACUCGGCUGGCUCUCAUCAUAUGCAAUAUAGAGUUCGAUCAUCUUCCACCCAGGAAUGGGGCCGAAACUGACAUUGCAGGGAUGAAGAACCUGCUGGAAGGCCUCGGCUACAGUGUGGACGUGAAACAGAAACUCACUGCUGAGGGUAUGGAGUCAGAGCUGCGGGCCUUCGCCUCCCGCCCAGAGCACAAGUCCUCGGACAGCACGUUCCUGGUGCUCAUGUCUCACGGCAUCCUGAGCGGAAUCUGUGGGAAGGCGUUCAGCUCGAAAAAUCAGGACGUGCUGCCUUAUGACACCAUCUUCCAGAUCUUCAACAACGUCAACUGCCUCAACCUCAGGGACAAACCCAAGGUCAUCAUCAUCCAGGCCUGCAGGGGUGAAAAUCUUGGGGAAGCGUGGGUCAGUGACUCAAAAGCGGCCUCCGCCGGCAGCUUUUCCCAUCAACCUCUGCUCCUGGAGAGCGACGCCAUCCACAGGGUCCACGUGGAGAAGGACUUCGUUGCUUUCUGCUCCUCAACCCCACAUAAUGUAUCCUGGAGACACGUCACAAAGGGAUCUCUCUUCAUUGUACAACUCAUCACAUGCUUCCAAAAAUACUCUUGGUGUAAUCACCUAAUAGAAGUAUUUCAGAAGGUACAACAAUCAUUUGAAAAACCAGAUGUCAGAGCCCAGAUGCCCACCAUUGAACGAAGUUCUCUGACAAGACCUUUCUAUCUCUUCCCUGGCAAUUGAAAACGGCCAUCGCAGGCAGUGCAGCCCGUCUUGACCAACUUCGAAAAGUACCUUGACCAAAGCAUGCUCAUGUGACCUUUUGUAUUUCAAUAAA